AUGGAAGAAACAGACAUUCGAGAGGACGCUUUUCCGGCCCCGUCCAAAGAGGCAGUCGGCCAAGUUGAUGGCGUCGAGACGCAGGCCACAUCGACCUUUUUCUCGGACAAGAUCAUGGUCACCUUGUCACAAGAAGGCCGUUUGUCACAGUGGAUUCAAGUGUCGUUAUCUGCGCCGUCAGCAGCCAGUGUUGAUAUGGCUCUGCCCGAUACAAGCUUACUGCCUCUCCUGCACCUGACCCCCAAAACUCUGUUGGGUGGUGGAGGCGAGGAGAGGGAAUCCUCUGGCCAGCUCUACGCCGUGCAAAUCGCCAGCCACAUUUCCCGAAGGAACCCUGAUGAAAAGCGAAUGCUCAUUGUCGGUCUUGGUCUGCUGAAGCCAAAGCCAGACAGGGAGUCUUUCUUUGAUGUCAUUGAAUUGGUUCAGCAGAUCCUAUAG